AAAGAAUCAGCCCAUCCAUCCACCCAGCAAAAGUGGAGAGGGUGAGGGUGAGGAAGAAAAGGAGGAGCAUGUUGAGGCUCCAGAACCAAAGGAAAAGGAAGAUCUCAACCUCAGACCUAUCGUGGAUUCUGUUUUUGGCCAAUUGUGAUGAGUAUUCCUUGUCCCUGCUCUGUUAACAUGGUUGAUACAUGAUAUGGAUGGUUCCUUGUUGAGGUGCCCCAACUCAUUUCUUUUCUCUUUUAAUUGGCACUCUAAUUUACUGUUGAAUGCAGACUUGACAAUCUUGAAAUCUUGAAGACCCAACAUAUUUUUAGAUUAAAUGGUACCAUAACCGUCAUGAUAUGUGGGUUAUCUGUAUAUUUACAUGCUACCCUUGAUUGAAUCUAACUGUGUAUGCAAUGUAAAAAAAUAAUUUUUAGAAACAUAGCAUCAUGUUAUCUAGGUGUAGUUUAACUGACUUUUAAUUACAGCAUUUACAUUUUUUGUUCAUUGCUUAUUUUAUUUUUAUUUUUACUUCACGAUUAUAACAGUAUAACCUAGAAAGUCGUGUUUUUUUACUGAAACCGGUUCAUACAUGAUGAAGUACCUUUUUUUUGACUGGCAAUACAUUUAUCUACUGUAUAUACUUUUAUUGCAUAUAUGACAUGACUUUUCUGGGAAAGUACUUGCGUCCCAGUAUCACUUACUUCAUUAGCAGAUAAGUGGUUAGGUGAUUGCGAGGCUUGAGAUGACAGGUUAAGGAGCUGUCCUAACAAGCGCAUCUGUCCCCUCUUGGUUCAUCCGCUCAUGACCUGGUCCUAGCCUUGUGGUGUUGCAUUCCCACACUAGGAUAACCUUGCAUCCAGUGCUAAUCACUUGAUAUUGAGCUUGAAUCACCAGCGGUGAGCACACCAGAAACCCAAUCUUGCCCACUCACCUUUCUGGAAGAGGGAUCAUUGCUUGUUAUUGUCAUAAUUAUUUAAUUGGCUUGGAGACAUAGAUAGCUGCGCACUAACUUAGCAGGAUUCCUUCACUGAGUCAUUGCCUAAGCGGCGAAGUAACAUAUUUUCUUGCUUUACUUACAUGCAGAUAAAAGCACAACAAAAAUAAUAAUCUGUGAUAGGCUGAUGUUUUUAAUUUGCUCAGUAAUUAUCAUUAGAGCAUUCAGUGAAACACUAUCCAUUAGUUUAAGUCUCCUGAGAAUGGGUAUUGUUAGAUAAAAGGGUUAACAUGCAGUUUAGGUUGACUAGUCUGACAUCUGAUUAUCAUUAAGUCAAUAAAUAAAGCAGGGUAUUUGAACUGGAUAUGUGAGGCAGUCUAUUCUCCACUUAAAUGGGUGGGUAAUCCAAAGGCAGGGUUUUAUUUCUAAAUCGAAUUAAUAAUAAAUGAAAUUCCUGCUACACACAUGGCAGUCUUUAAAAACAAAGAUCUCAAACUACAGCGAGUUUGAUAGCUAGGUUUUGUAUUCCAUUUCGGGCCAAAUGAACUGUGCCAAAAAAUUAAGAGAUUAAAAGAUAGUGUAGUCUUAGAAAGGGGCUUCCAAACCUUGGGCUCAUAUAAUGUGUGAGGAAUAAAAAUAUUUAUUAUUUAUAUUAUUAUUAUUAAUAUUUAUAAAUACUUAUUUUAGAAAGUGAGUAUUUUAAAUAUUAAAAACAUAACAUUUAAAAGUGCCCCUAUUAUGGGUUAUGAAAUAUUUUGAUUUUGGAAGUCUCAAACAACAGGUUAACUUGCAUGCAAGGUCAAAAAACACUUUAAUUUACUUAUAAUAUGCAUUUUUUUUGUUCAGCGAUUCGUUGAAGGAUUCCAAACCCAUACAAUGAUUGGUUAAUUUAAUAUAAAGCAGUGUUUGUGAGCUUUUAUUGCUCCAAAGCGAGUGGCAAAAAUGAUUUUGCAUUUCCAUUCAGACCAAUGUGAAAAGACCAACAAGUGGGCGGGCAAUAUGUUAAUGUUUCAUGUUGACAUCAGCAUGAAACGGCUUGGGAUUCGUUUUAAUAAUGACUUUUUUCAAUUAUUCAGAAUCGACUCUGUCUUUUCAGAGACAAUAGCAUCAUACAUGGUGCUUAAAACUUUGCAGGAUGUUUUCAUGUUGCACACUGAAUGAAAGGGACACUUGUAAGAUUUUAGAUCAAUUAAGGAUUCUGUAGACUGGCAGUACCUCCUAGUGGCCACUGCUUUAAAAUCCUUGUUCUAAAACAAACCACUUUGUGUAUGUUGGCACUUCUGUGUUAUAUUUUUUAUCUGUAGUAUCAAAGAAAACCCCCACUGAUUUAUAGCAGCAUAACCUGAAAGGAUUAUUUUUCUUCUGGCCUGUCUUGUCUCUCUGUCACUACACACACAGCACAAGAUAUGAUUGUUAUUACUCAUACAGUCUGCAUGUGCGGCAGCUGGUGAACACAGACACAUCUGGGACUCCAGUCCCACAAUGCUCUGCUGCUCAUAGAAUGGCCUCAUCUGACUUGACUCUAAUCUAUUGGCCCAAACAUGCAGACUCAAACGAAUUCCUCCUUAUACGCUCCACACUUACAUCAUGAUGGUUAAUGUUAUACACUAUAUUAUACAAUAAACAGCGGCAUUCAUUUAUUUGCUCCUCUUUUUUAAAACAGCAAACCUGGCCCAGAAACACAUUUUAAUACGCUGCGUGUAUGUGUGUGUGGAUUACAGUAGAUUAUAGUUCUAACAGGCUGGUAGCACAGGGCAGGCUCGCUGGGUUUUACUAAAAAAAUGAGUGUGGAUUAAAGAACAGUUCUCUGUUCAUCUGCCCAAAGGUGUGUUCUGAUUAGAUAGGAUUAUCACACGGACACACACGCAACUUUAACCUCAGUGUUCAACAGACUCUUUUAAUAACCUUUUCAAUUUUCUUUCUGUGUCAUCUUCUUCGUAGUAAUGUUACAAGCUAAGCACUCUUUCUUAGUAGUUUACCUAUAUAACGGCUGUCAAAUCUGAAACCACUAAAUAUUCACUAAUACAUUCACUUUUAUAUUCUGACCCCAACAAUUUAAAGUAAAACUUAACAUGAAUUCAGGUUCGUCUAAAGCCUAAUGACCAUGUUCUCCGACAUUUUGAGAUAAGAAAAUAUGUUUUACAGAGGGAGCUUGCAUGAACAGUGUCACAGAACGUUUGUCAUUGAAAAUGAGCAAAAUGGUUAAAUAUCAUUAUGUUAUCAACAAAUAUUAACGGACCACUCUUUCUUGCACUUUAACUUAUUUCUCUUUGAAUCCUCUCGUGCUCUUUAUUUCUCUCUUUCUGUACAUCAUCCCAUGGCUCUCCGUCAUUAAUCUGAACUAGGGGGGAUUAAAAAAGCUUCUCGUUUUAUCGUCUAAUUCUCACCCUCCCCUUACCUCCCCCUCCUGCUCUGCGUCUCUCUCUUUCAGCCUGCAAACCAAAUCAUUUGCAUGGGACUGCAAUCUGUGAGUGGAUAGGGUAGAGAGGGAGAGACCUGGAGAUUGAUUAUAUGAUUUGUAAAGAUGGCAAGAAUAGUCAAAAGUGAGCUUGCAUGUUUGAAAUGUUAGAUUUAUUUGUAUUUUGCUUUUUUUGGAUUAUAAGAGAGGAUCCGAGAUGAGAAAGAAUGCAAAGGUUUAUAGAUACAUUUAUUAAAUUGAACAGCGUGGAUUUUAAUUAGCUUAACAUGGAAGCAGGUGAGUGUUGCAUUCUCAGUCCACUCGAUAAAUUAAUUAUAUAAAAAGGGCAAGAAGAAGAGAAACAUCUUCACUGAGGACUAAAGCAUGGGAAACUGCACCAAGCCAUCUAUGAAAAACAAAAUUAAGAAGGUAAGAGAAACAUAUUUAAAGGUCAGGGCCUGUGUAUCAGUAAACCGUGUCUUUGCGUUAAUUGUAAUUUUGAAAUGCGUGUGGCAAGAAGCGUACUUUAAGACUUAACUCAUAUUGUAAAGAAAGCAAGCAGUAUUUCAAUAAUAUUAUAACACUUCAUUAGUUUAAGGACAUGUCAAACAAAUUGACUAAACUGUGCUUAAUUAGAUUAUGUCUCAAGUAAAAUGUGGCCCCACCCUAAGGGUGUGGCUGAGGGUAAAGGGGCUGGGCCAGAGGCUCCAGGGCCCCGCCCACCCGGAGAAGCAGACGGAGAAAAUGAAGUAACUUCUGAGUUUAAGGGGCAUCUGAGUGCACUAGUCCAAAACUGCACCAUGCUUCAUAACAUCGUUGGACCAGCAUGCAUCUUCCUAAGACAGGGCUUCGCAAAGUCACAGCUCGACAGGGAGCUGCGGCCAGAGGAGAUAGAAGAACUAAGGGAAGCCUUUAAGGAGUUUGAUAGGAACAAAGGCUACAUCAACUGCAGGGACCUGGGCGAAUGCAUGCGGACGAUGGGAUACAUGCCGACAGAGAUGGAACUAAUCGAACUGAGUCAACAAAUAAGUGGGGGUAAAAUUGACUUUGAGGAUUUCGUGGAGCUCAUGGGCCCCAAAAUGCUGGCGGAGACAGCAGACAUGAUUGGAGUCAAGGAGCUCAGAGAUGCCUUUAAAGAGUUUGACUCCAAUGGUGAUGGGCAAAUCAGCGUCUCAGAACUGAGAGAAGCCAUGAAAAAACUAAUGGGGGAGCAGCUGAAUCCCAGGGAUAUCGACGAUAUACUUCGUGAUGCCGACCUCAAUGGGGACGGACUUGUUGAUUUUGAAGAGUUUGUGAGGAUGAUGUCCCGCUGACAGAAGCCACACAGAAAGACUUUAUUUUCAUCUCGAGACACAUGGUGCAGCUAUCUGAAUGUUUUCAAUAUGCCUCAAGAGAUAACCAUUUGUAAAAAAUAUUUUUCAUUUUAUUUAUUUAGUAGCCUAUAUGCAUUCAUCAAGAGCAGUUUCUCAUUUCAAUAGAGUAAUGUUGUAAAUGUAUUGUUUAAUCGGUAUUUUCAAAGACUUAUUUGUCUGAUUACGUGUGAACUGAAUUUGUAUAGUGUGCUUCAUUUUUAAAAAAACAAUUAAAUUAAAUCAUUAGAUUACA